AUGGCUUUCAGCAUUACCGUCGUUUUCCCCAACGAUGCCGACGCCGAGUACGACAUCGACUACUACACAACGAAUCACAUGCCGCUCAUUGAGAAGCACUGGUCCAAGUUUGGUCUCAAGGGUUGGUCCGUCACCCGGUUCGUUCCAGGCCUGGAUGGUACCAAGCCCCUGUAUGCCUUUGGCAGUGAAGUCUUCUGGGAAAGCGAGGAGGGCAUAAAGAAUGCAUUUGCGAGCCCCGAGACUGUAGAAAUCAUGGGCGAUGUUCCUCGCUUCAGCAACAAGUCACCUAUUUUCCUGAUUGGGGAGAUCGUGAAGCCUGCCUUCAACUUCUGA